AUGCUCUUUAACAAUUUCGCCAUUGCUGAAAAAGAAAACGACGAAUUCAUAAAGGAGAACGGAUAUGUUGCAGCACCGGUUCUCCCUUCCGAAAUCCGACAUGCCAUUUCGUCGGUGAGAAAACGAACAGCACCAUCCGAAGAGAAUAAGAUCAGAACACCUGAAGAAGCUUCCGCCAGUCUUCGUAAACACACUGGCUCGGCUGUUCACACGUUACCAGUCCGAAUGCAAAGUCCCUAUUCAGUGGGAGACCAGAAAGACCGUGUUACUGUUUAA